AUGGCCAUACAUGCUGUGAAGACACAACUUCCUUCCCAGGCUGGCCUGACCUGGAUACCCACCAUGCACAACAUCACUGCCGAAAUUCCGCACGCGGCUGCGACGUGUAACGAGACUUUGCCCACCCCGUCACCAAGCUCCGAGUUCUCACUGGGUGUGUUGGUGCUGCUGGCUCUCCUCAUGGUGCUGCUGUGUCUGGUGACCAUCCUUGGAAACAUCCUGGUGAUCCUUGCUUUUGUCAUGGACAAAAACCUCAGGCAUCGGAGUAACUAUUUCUUUCUGAACCUUGCUGUUUCUGACUUUGCAGUGGGUGUGUUCUGUAUGCCAUUGUACAUUCCUUAUGCCCUGACAGGGACAUGGCACUUGGGAAGAAGCCUGUGCAAGCUCUGGCUGGUCAUGGACUAUCUUGUGUGCACAGCUUCAGUGUUUAACAUCGUCCUUAUCAGCUACGACCGUUUCCUGUCAGUUACAAAAGCUGUAUCUUACAGAGCCCGGCAAGGAAUAAUGUCCAGCCCUGUCAUCAAGAUGGUGGUCAUCUGGGUGUUAGCCUUCCUCCUGUACUGCCCAGCCAUCCUGUUUUGGGAGCACGUGGCUGGACACAGCGUGGUCCCCGUGGAUCAGUGCCACGCCGAGUUCUUCCACAACUGGUACUUCCUGCUGUGUGCAUCCACCCUGGAGUUCUUUGUGCCGCUGCUCCUGGUGACCUACUUCAACAUGCACAUCUUCCACAACAUCCAGAGGCGCCAGCGGCGGGGCAGCGUGCAGGACUGUGAGUCUGCCAGGAGCAGCAGCCUGUCCUGGAGGUUUUGUGGCUUGCCCAGGCCAGGGGCAUCAUCUCCUUCCUCAGAAGCAGAGGACAGUGUUUCUUCACUAACGAGGUCAUGGAGACCAGCAGUGGUGGCUAAUGGUCCAUCUCGAAGAGAAUCCAGUUCUACAGCUCUCAAAAGGAACUUUUCUGCUUCCUUCUGUUCAAAGACUGGAUCAAAACUGCAGCGGGACAAGAAAAUAGCAAAGUCUCUUGCCAUAAUUGUCUGUGUGUUUGCCAUUUGCUGGGCUCCAUACUCUUUAUUAAUGAUUAUCCGUGGGGCCUGCCAGGGAACCUGUGUCCAUAACUUCCUGUAUGAAGCAACCUUUUGGCUUUUGUGGAUCAAUUCUUCUUUGAACCCAUUUCUUUAUCCUCUCUGUCAUAUGAGGUUUCGAAUGGCUUUUCUGAAGAUAUUAUGUCCCAAAAAGUUUGCAACAUUGAGAUCUGGUAACACACCUUCUUUAUAG